AACAAUCAUAUCCUGGUGUAUGUGACCAGUGGAUCACCAAUUUCGUACAGCUGUUUGUGAAAGCACCAGUAUAGCGCCAUACAGGUUUAUUUCACCUUGUUGUGUAUGUUAUAUAAUUGUUAGUCCCUGCCUUUCCUUGUUAUCGAGCCAGCAGUCAUAAUGGUGGACUACAGCAAAUGGAACCACAUCGAGGUCAGUGACGAUGAAGAUGAUACACAUCCCAACAUUGACACUCCCAGUCUUUUCAGAUGGAGACAUCAGGCUCGUGUGGACCGUAUGGACAAGCAAGAGACGGAACGGGCAACUAUGGAUGCCAAGCUCGCCAAGAAUCGUGAACAGAUGCAGAAACUUGACAAGGAAAUGGCUAGUGCGGGAGAUGGCAAGAAGAAAGAACUGAAGGCUAAGAAAGUCGCACUCAAGAAGGAGAAAGAGUCUCUGGAAGGUGAAGAUUCAAAGCUGAAGAAGGAUGAACGAUUGACACCAUGGAAUGUGGAUACUCUCAGCCAACCUGGCUUUGAGAAGUCUGUGAUCAAUAAGACUCCAGAACCGGCACCACAACCUGAAAGUGAAGAUGCCUGGGUGGAUGGCUAUUCAAACUUUGUCAAGAAGAACAUGAAGGAAAUGAAACAGUUUGCCAUGUUCAGUCGCCAUGAGGACAGUGAGCGUUUCCUCAAGGACCAUAACUAUCUUGUUUGUGAUCACGGCGCAAACUUCCUGUCGAUCUGGUGUGUCGACCUCUGUGUUGAGGAGAAACGUUCCUUGAUGGAGAGAGUAUCACGUCAAGUGAUCGUACUUCAGUACAUCUUGCAGCUGGCCAAGUCCCUCAAUGCCGACCCCCGUGGCUGCACUGGCCCUUUCUAUUCCAAAUUCAAGGUGGCUGACAAGGAAUACCAGGCAGCAUAUGAAGAUGAGGUGCGCUCGUUCAUUGAGCGAGUUGAAGGUCGUGCCCAGGCACGCUUGGAGGCAGCUGUGAAAGAACACGAAGAGGAGGAGCGACAGAAGCGCCUUGGACCUGGUGGUUUGGAUCCAGUGGAUGUGUUUGAAACCCUUCCUGCGGUUCUGCAAAAAUGCUUUGAAGAGAAGGAUAUUGCUGGCUUGCAAGUUGCAAUGAGUUCGUUGCCCAAGGAGGAGGCUGCACACCACCUCAAGCGCUGCAUUGACUCAGGAAUGUGGGUUCCUGGUGGUGGUGAUGCCGCUGAGGGUGGUGAGGAAGAAGAGGAGACCUAUGACGAGGUUGGACCAGCAGAAGGCGAUGAGAACCAAGACGGUGCAUCAGCUGCUGCGGCGGUGUCGGACGGCAAUGAGGGAGGUGCAGCAGCUGCCGAGGCGGCUGGCAACAGUGAGGAAGGUACAUCAGCUGCUGCCGAGGCAGCGGGCAACAGUGAGGAAGCUGCAGCGACAGCAGCAACAGAAGCCUCGUCAUAAUCUCCAUGAAAGGUAACAUAGUUUCUGUACAUUUGUACCUCACACAUUCAACCAUGAAAUGAUAAAACCAUACGCUUCAUCAUACAUGUUAUGCAUGAGAACAAAUUUGCUGAUUGUAGGAACAGAAAUAAGCAGUCACUACCUUGGAUGCCGUCAUUGUUCUUUGAAAUUUAUAGUCUUUCUCCUGACUCAGUCAACCUUAUGCCACUUAACAUAAAACCAACUGUUUCCCCUAACUGUUGUACUUGCUGUGCUGUUUCUGUUGCUGCUGCUGCCGCUUCUCUAAUCACAUGCCAUUCUCGUCUCUGUUUUUGACACUGAUUUUCGUGCUGUUAUACUUUGAAGAUUGAAAGUUUGAGUUUGCAUCUACUUCCAGUACAUAGUUCUAUGCCCUGCACACCUGCGGUUCCACACGAUCUACAUCAGAGUGCUGCUGCUGCUGCCCUGCACGUCUAGUAAUCAUUAUGUAUGUAAUAAAGAGUAAGUACCCUA